GAUAUGUUGGCAAUAAAAGCAAGCUCACGUUUGUUUUCAGCCCCUUGUUAGCCUGCUCUCUCUGUGUGCAAGAACAUUAUCCUGUGGGUUACUCUAGGUUAUGGCCAAGUCAGAAAGUCAAAUGGAUAUAACUGAAAUGAACUCCCCAAAACAAAAGAGAAAACUGGGCUGGAGCGCAUUGGAAAUUGGGCUUGCUGUGGUGGUGCUGCUUCUUGCAAUAGUGGCCAUAACCAUUAUCAUUCUGUAUGCAACCUAUGAUGAUGGUAUUUGUAAAUCUUCGGAGUGUAUCAGAUCAGCUGCCCGGAUCAUUGAGAACAUGGAUACGACGGUGAAACCUUGCAAAAAUUUUUAUCAGUAUGCUUGUGGAGGAUGGUUAAAAAGGCACAUCAUACCAGAGACAAGUUCCCGUUAUAGUAACUUUGACAUAUUAAGAGAUGAACUAGAAGUUGUUUUGAAAGAUGUCCUUGAGAAGAAAGACAGUAAUGAUACAGAAGCUGUUAUGAAAGCAAAAACACUCUAUAGAUCUUGUAUAAAUGAAGUUGCCAUUGACAGAAAAGCAGGGACACCACUAAUCAACCUAAUGACCAACUUUUCCGAAUGGCCUAUAGCAUCGGACAACUGGGACCAUGAUUAUGGGCUCACAUGGAGUGCUGAAAAAUCCAUUGCAGAGCUAAAUUCUCAAUUUGGGAGAAAAGUCAUCAUUAACAUGUUUGUUGGUACUGAUGAUAAAAACUCCUCCCAACAUGUAAUUCAUAUUGAUCAAGCUGGACUUGGACUUCCUUCCCGGGAUUACUAUGAAUGCACCGGAGUGUACGAAGAGGCAUGUUUAGCCUAUGAGCAUUUCAUGAUUUCUGUAGCAAAGUUAAUUCGGCAAGAAAGAAACCUCUCCAUCAAUGACAAUCAAAUUUCUAUGGAAGCAAAAAGGAUAAUGAGUCUCGAGAAAGAAAUUGCAAAUGCCACAACCAAAGCUGAUGACAGGAAUGACCCACUUUUGCUAUACCACAAAAUGAAGCUCAGCAAUGUCCAAAAAAAUUUCUCUUUGGGAAUCUAUAAUCAGUCAUUCGACUGGCUAAAGUUCAUAAAUAAUAUAAUGUCCACAGUGCAAAUCAAAGUUCAAAAUACAGAAGAUAUAAUUGUCUAUGCUCCAGAAUAUUUAACCAAGCUAAAUUCUAUCCUUUGCAAUUACAGUGCCAGAGAAAUUCAAAACUACUUGAGUUGGAGAUACAUCAUGGAUAUGGUGAGCAGCCUAAGUCGUGACUACAAGGACACAAGGAAUCAUUUCCGCAAGGUUUUGUAUGGCACAACCUCAGAUGCUGCGAUUUGGCGCCGUUGUGCAAACUACGUCAACAGUGUUAUGGAGAAUGCUGUGGGAAGGCUUUAUGUAGAAGAAGCCUUUGCUGGAGAGAGUAAACAUGUGGUUCAAGAAAUGAUUACACAAAUCCGUGAAGUUUUUAUAAAAACACUGGAAGAACUGUCUUGGAUGGAUGUGGAAACCAAAAAGAAAGCAGAACAAAAGGCUAUAGCAAUUAGAGAACGAAUUGGCUACCCUGAUGAGAUUGUGACAGAUCCUAAAAAACUAAAUGAUGAGUACAAAGAUUUGAACUACAAUGAAGAAGAAUAUUUUGAGAACAUGAUUAAGAACUUAAAAUUUGGCCAGAAGGAAAGGCUAAAGAAACUUAGAGAAAAAGUGAACAAAGAAGAAUGGGUAAGUGGAGCUGCUGUUGUCAAUGCCUUUUAUUCACCUAGCAGGAAUCAAAUUGUUUUUCCUGCAGGUAUUUUGCAGCCACCUUUCUUUAGUGCAUCCCAACCAAAGUCACUGAAUUAUGGUGGAAUUGGCAUGGUCAUUGGUCAUGAAAUCACCCAUGGCUUUGAUGACAAUGGUAGAAAUUUUAAUGCAGAUGGGGACCUCAUAGACUGGUGGACUCAAGAAUCUGCAAAAAAUUUUAAAAGUCAGUCUCAGUGCAUGGUAUAUCAGUAUGGGAAUUUCACAUGGGAUCUAGCUGGCAGACAAAAUCUGAGUGGAAUCAAUACUCUUGGUGAAAAUAUUGCUGAUAAUGGUGGCAUUAGACAAGCAUACAGGGCCUAUGAAUCUUAUCUACAGAAGAAUGGAGAAGAGAAACUGCUUCCUGGGCUUGACUUCAACCAUAAACAACUAUUCUUUCUGAAUUUUGCACAGGUCUGGUGUGGGACAUAUAGGCCAGAAUAUGCUGUCAAUGCUAUUAAAACUGAUGCACACAGUCCUGGUAAAUUCAGGGUCCUUGGAACACUGCAGAACAACCCGGAGUUUUCUGAAGCCUUUAAAUGUACUGAUAAAGAUUACAUGGAUCCUGUGAGAAAGUGUCGUGUUUGGUAACAGAGCUGCAAACAGCAGAAGCCAAGAGGAAGAAGAAAUCUGGAAUGUUUUAAGCGCAAUAGAAGUGACUUUGAUACAAGAGGGACCAUAACAAAGACAUAUCAGGUGCACUAAUAAAGUGAUUUUUUUAGGAAAGACAACAAAAAGCCUUGCUCAGAAAGCUUCUCCCAGCAAUUAUUCUGACUAAACUAAGAAAAUGAUAAACUGCUCCACACACAAGGGGGUUUCAUUUUUUAAAAAAACAUUAGAGUUCCUUCCUGAUUUCCAUUCAGCUUUCAGCUUUUACAUUUUAGUCUGUUCAUUAACACAUUUGCUUAAAAGCAAGUCCCACCAAUUUCAGUGGAACUUACUUUCAGGGAUGCAUGCUCAAUUUGAACAAUCUGAGUCCCAUAAAUGUGUUCUGAACUUUGUAAUCAGAUGGAAAAAAGGAAUACCAAACAAUGCAGAAGCUUGAAUGUGAAAUGUAGUGAGUGUGGGAUUUAGAACCUCUCCCAUUUUUGAUCACAUGCUUGUUUUUCGGAAAUGGCCAUAGGAGUUUUAGGACCCAGAAAAAUCUACACAGGCCUUAAGUUAAUAUACCCUGAAACCCACUGGAAUCUAGGUACUCUCUUAUGACACUAGUGGUAGGAGCUAAGCAUAGUCACCUGUAACAACUUUUGCUCCCCAUAUAGUGUAUAUCCUUCAUACAAGAGAAGAUGUGCAUAGUCAGGAGGGUAUGGAUGAAUAACUGCAGUGCAGAUGGGGUGUGUAAUCAGAUGUGUGCCUAUCACAACCUGCUCUAUCUGCCAUUACUUUCUGGGUUGGAGAUAAGGGGUAGGCAUUGCCCCAUCACUGGAUGAAAGAAAAAUAGGCAAGCAAGCUGCCUUCUUUCAACCUCAUGUCACCUAUUUUUAUACUAAUAAGUGAUGAGUCACAAGGCAAAGGAUUUGUUGCUUCUUCUCAAUUUCACACUGCAUACAGGACUCCUUUUUCUUCCAGAUGGAUGCCCUCUGUGGGCUCCAUCUUAAAACUCUCCUCUGCCUGUUCCUUUCUGUUUGAAUCUGUGCUCAUCAGAAUAAUCCAAAGACAAUUUGAUACUGUAUGGGAAGGGAUUAACUAUUGACCAAAUGUGUUGUUUGCUGCUUUCUACUGUAAAGCCAAACAAUACUGUAGAUAAUUUAUUAAUUUUUUAGCAUAUCUUGUAAUUAGUGCAGUUGUAACCAAAUUCCUCCAUGUUUUUCUAAGAUUUUCCUGUUUUAACUCAGAUUUUGGUCAUUUUUUUAAAAAGAAAAACAUGUUUGUAAAAUUAUAUAAGGUAAUGCUUUUUUAUAUUUAAUUCUGAACUAUUCUGGUCAUGAAUGGAUGCAUACCAUUGGAAUGUCAGGGUACAAACAUUCUUUAAAUGGUUAAUUUUCAAUACAAAGUCCUUUAGUGAAAGGAUGUAUUGAUAUAUGGACUGAUUUUGAGAUAAACUUUCAAGAUAAUAAAGCCCUGGGACAUAUAUACCUAACACAAAUAAUGUUCAUGAAACUUCUAAAUCAUCAGGAUCUUUGCUUCAGUAAUAAUGUUCCAUAUGUUGGUGUGUACAUAUCUGGGCUCGUAGUAAAAAUACUUAAAAAUCUGCUGACAUGCCCUCCUGCAAGCAGGCAAGAGACAUAUUGCUUCUGAUAUUGAAGCACACGAUUUCCAAAACGAAUGAAUAAAUACCAGAAUACCUCAGAUGACUUGACUGAGUCUAUUUCUGAGCAUCUAAAGAUUUUAUGUGCAUUUGAAUUUUCAAAUUUGUCAUCUGAUGAAGCAUUUUGAUAAUUAAAUUUAAGCAACAUUUA